UAUGAAGAAUGACUUUAAAUUAGCUAUGGAAGAGUACGACUUUUAUCCUUUGAAACGUAAAUCCGUUGAUAGGAUACAACUCAAUUUCGAAUGUUGUGGAAAUAUGGACGGUUAUGUCGAAUGGUUUAAUAUUCCUUGGAUAGAUGCAAGAUUCAUAGAUAGCUCAUUAGUAGCUUUACAAGACAAUCUGAUCGAUGGAAUCUUUGUUAGGAAUGAUAAGCUCAAAAAUGUUCCCUUUUCUUGUUGUUCACCUUCUUCAAGAAAGCCGUGCAUUAAUGAAAGAGUACAGAACAAUGAAUAUCACAAAAGCUAUAACUGGAUCGAAGAUUUAACGUUAAAUAAGGAAACGUGUUUCCAAAAAGUUACCAACUUUUUUAAUACCAUUUUUGUAAUCUUACUGGUUUGUUAUUGUUUUCUCGUUAUUUUUGAAUUUACUAUUCUUAUAUGUGCCCGAAUUGUCUACUUGUCACUUGUAUCGUUACCGAGACACUUUCCUACUGCCACUGUAAUAGUUAGUCGUUUGUAUUACAAUACUCUCGACCCUCAUGAUCUUCCCCCAACUAAAGAAGAGAUAAAAAGUAAAAGAACUGCGUCAGUCGACGAAAAUGUAGCGAAAGUCGCUCAUAUUUUUUCCGAAUGGAACAAUAGUGAAAAGAAGAAGGAAGAACUUAAACCGUUAUUGAGUAACUCAAAGAAAAAUAUCAGGAAGAAGCGAAGCGUUGCAUUUGUCGAAGGUGAAACUAUUCUAUUAGACUAA